AUUUUUUUUAUUAUGUAUUUUUAUACAUCACGCGCACGACGCUCUACUGGGGUCUCUACUGUAUAUUCAUUGAAGUAAAUAACUUCGCCAUGGAAACAUUCAGUGCGGAUCACACCAAAAGUCAUAAUCAUGAACAAGUACUUUGUGAUUAUGAACAUACAAGUUGGAAGCCGUUUCUUCGUCAGAUAGUGAUUACCACUGCAAUGUGGACUUGUUACUUCACAUACGGCUUGUUUGUCGGCACGCCGACGGUUCUCGUGGCUUACGUGAGAAGGGAAGCUAAUUCUACCGAUGCGGUCAGCAAGGAAAUGGCGUCCUGGCUGUCAUCUGCUUUCGGAUACUCAGCUACGCCUUGGGUCGUUAUUUUACCUAUUGUUAUGCACUUCUAUGGAAGUAAAAAGCCUUUCAUAUUUAUUACGUUAUCGUCAAUCUUAAGUAUAAUAGUAUUUGUUACAAGUCAAAGUAUGGAACAAGUUAUUAUCAGUGAAACAUUAUUAGGACCAUUAAUUGCUUCAAAUGUAACAUUAUCUUCUUUAGUUCUUACAGAAUAUACAUCACCUAAAUAUAGAGGAUUAUUUCUAACCCUCAAAUCAGCUUCAUUUUUUUGGGGAAUUUGGGUAGCUAAUGCUGUAGGUACAUUUUUUCAUUGGAAAAAUAUGGCUAUCAUAGGUAUAUUGUGCAUGGCUUAUAAUUUAGUAACAGUAUAUUUUUGGUGUGAAUCACCGUAUUGGCUGGCUAGACAAGGUCGUUUUGCAGAAUGCACCGAUGUUAUUUAUUGGUUAAAAGGAAACAAUGUCCAAUCUCAAGAAGAACUAAAACAUUUGAUCAGAAAAUAUAAAGAUCGGCUUCGCGUAAGCUCUGAACGUCAAAAUCAAGUUAAAAGAUACAUAUUGUCAACUCAUAAAACACUUUUUUGUAAAGAAAUUUACAAGCCACUUCUUAUUAGUCUGCUAGUCAUGGAGUUGUAUUACAUUUGUGGGAAGUUUAUUUGCAGUGUUUAUGCUAUUGAUAUUUUUAAGCGAAUAUCGGGGGAAGACGCUGCUUACAGAAAUAUGUUGAUUUUGGACGGUGUUACUGUUUUGAGCAUGUAUAUUGGUUGUUAUUUGACUAAAAUAUCAAAAAGAAGGAUUUUACUAUUUGCAUCAACUUCUUGUGGUAUUUUCUUUUUAUUUAUAAUGAUCAUUUAUUUAUAUUUGAUCAAAUUAGACAUUAUUUUAGAAAAUAGCUAUGUGUCAUUAGCGUUAUUAUCAGCAUAUUCUUUGUCAGUUUGCUGUGGGCCAAUUAUAAUGGCUACUUCGAUAGCUGCCGAAUUAAUACCAUUAAAAGUAAGAGGUACUUCUUUAUGUAUAAACGCAUUUUGUUCAAAGAUAACUGUAAGUACUUUUUUAAAACUUUCACCAUAUAUGUUUGAAUCUUGGGGAAUGCAUGGUACUUUUCUAUUUUAUGCUAUCGGAACUUUGAUAGUUUUAGUGCUGUUAUACGUUUAUUUACCUGAAACAAAAGAUAAAACACUACAAGAAAUAGUUGAUUCUAUGAAUCCCUUGAAGAGCGGAGACAAUGUUGAAAUGAAAGAAUUAGUUGAUAUGAAAAAUUAGUGUCAAAAUAAAGUAAUAAUGUCUUAUAAUUCAGAACAUCAUACAAAUUACUCAAAAAGCUUUUUCUAGUACACCACCAAAUUUCAAUAAAACAAUAAAAUAUAUUGGAAUAAAA